AUGUUUCACGUAUAUCAAGAGUUUCAACUCAGGGAAAAACCUGAAGACCAACUAAUGAUGACCAAUUUUAAGACCAGCAAAUGCGAAGAUCAAUAGCAUUUGCAGCAACCUCAAAAGUAUGCGAAUGAGUGCUACUCAUAUCAUGGCAACUUCGAUCGUAGAAGAUCCUUGUUCAACUUUUAAGGCCUACUCAGAUAUUCGGAUCAGAUAUGCUCAAACAUUCUUUAGCAUCAAUUGUUGACUAAACAAUGCCCAGAUGAGUGUAAAUACUCCCACAAUCAUUUCGAGGAGAACUAUCAUGUUCGUAGAUAUCGCACUGAGCCUUGCGAUAAUCCAGAUCACUAUAUGAAAAACAGCCAAGGGGAGGAAAUUAACAAUAUCCAAUCAAAGUAAAUCCUGAUAUAAACUUGCUGCAAAUAUCAUGAGCCUUCAUAAGUAAGGCUAAAUGCUACAAAAUAUCAAGAAACUUCACCCAGAGAUCACUCCUUUGAAUAAGAAAGGCAAGCAUCAGGCCAAACUUAGACCAACAUGAAUGAAAAUCAUAACCUAUAAUCUUCUUCUUAAGGCUUAGCUGCCACAGAACACAAAGCAUAUGAAAAAUAAGACUUUAAUAGCAUAAAUAACUUGUCUCCAUAUUACAUGAAUUAAUAUCCUGGUGGAUUUUUGGCUAAAAAUUCCUAGCCGAUGGAUAUGAACACCAUGAAUAGCCAGUUUUCUGAUAAGCAGUAUGUUCAGACAAUGGGUAUAAUUUAACAAGACUAUUCUUAAAACCAAUCUCAAAAUGCUCUCUACUAAGAACAAAGCAUGCAAAGCUAUAAAAUGAACAUGCACUAUUAUUAACAACAGAGUACGAUUCAGCAAUAACCUCAAUUUAACAAUCAAAAUAUUUUGACAAUCAAGCCAUUUAUUCCAAUCAACAAAUAAAAUAUUUCUUAACUUCCUCUAACUACCAGCUAGCAGUAACCUAUAUUAAAUAAUAAUUACUACCCAAGCCAAUAGCCCCUUCAGUAUCAAACAAGACCACUCUAACAGCACAAUAGCAAUUACUAAACUGAUAUAUCUUAGCCAUAUCCUCAAAGUAAAUACGGGGGCCACAAGUCAGCUCAUGGACAAACAUUUGAGAUCAUCCAUUAACAAGGAAAUGAAAUAAUAAGACAUCUAAUUUUAAGCAAUUUCAAAACGGAUCCCUGCAAUAUUCAACAUCAACAUAACCAUAAGCAUUGCAGGUUCUAUCAUACAAUUAAAGAUAAAAGGAGAAAAUUGGACUACUAUACUCCGGAUUUAUGUGAGUAUUCAGAGACUGAUAAAUGCCCAAAUAAAGAUACAUAAAAGUAUAAGACGAAAUUCUGCACCAAAUUCCCAAAGCAACUAGCUUAAUGUGAAUACGGAGAGUACUGUUCUUUCGCUCAUUCGUAAAAAGAUAUCAAGACCAGAAUCAUUCACUUCAUGUAAAAAGAUUCUGAUUUUUACCAGUUCUACUUCAAGACAGAAUGGUGUCCCUUCAACAAAGAACAUAAUAAGGCUUAAUGCGACUACGCACACAACUGGUAGGACUUCAGAAGAAAGCCGCAUUUGUUCAACUAUGAUUCCAAUGAUCUUUGCCCUAACUGGAAAGCUGGCACCUUUAUCAGCAAGUAUGAAGAAGGCUGCAUAUUAUAAGCGGCCUGUCUAAGAUCCCAUGGCUGGAAAGAGCAAGAGUAUCACCCAUAUCACUAUAAAACAAAGCCUUGCUAAGAAGUUAAGUGUGGAUAGAUUCACUAAUGCCCAUUCUACCACUCUGAUAUGGAUAGAAGGGCUGUCACUGAGGAUUAGAAGUAAUAGGUUAUGACCCCAAAGGCAAGGGGAGCUAUGGAACAACUCCAUUAAAUUAACCAGACUAAUCUUGUUAUCAAUAACGUUAAUCAUCUGAAAGAGCUGUUAGCUAACUAUGGCUUAUUUAGUUUGAACUUCCAGCAUCUGAUUUAAUCUUUCAAGGAUUACCAAGUUCCAAAUGAGAUAUUAGAGUACAUUGACGAGAAAGGAGUUGUUCCCUCAGAAAGAAUGACUUUAUUGAUCUACAAGAACGAGCUAAAAAUCAACCCAUCUUUUGCACCACCACCAGUAUCCAAGAUGAUUCAAACUUAGAGCUACUAACAGUAUUAAGUAAUUGCUGCACCCUCAUUCUAAACUUAAAAAUCGAUACUACAUGAGACACCAUUUACAUAGUAAAUGACUGUAACAACUUUGCGAAGCUCCCUAUGGCAUGCCCAUGAUGGCACCGCACACACGCAUGAAAAGCCAUCUAAGAUUGAUCACAAAUCUAACAACAGCUUCUUUGAAGAAGACUAUGAAGAGGAGGAGGAUGAUGAGGUUACUAGUUAACAGUUCUUCUAAGGGGUCCUGAAAACUAUUGAGAUUGAAUAUGAAAACACAGACGAUGAUAAGAAAAAAGUGCAGAAAAAUAUUAGCUUCGGUUCUGACAUAGAUAGCAUCAAGAAGUUAAAGAACAAAAACUAUGAGAGACAAGUCACAGCUCAGCCUGUUUCCUACAAGAACAAGCUUUAACAAUUCCAGCAAGAGUUUUUGAGAAGCAAUACUUUGAAGAAAGAAAAUGGCGGGGGCUCAAGUUCAAAAGCCUAAAGCAUAUGUUCUCAAUCACUGAAUAGUAAGAACCCAAAGGUUAAAUAGCACACUGACGAGUUCAAGGUGCAGGGUUCUUAGUUCUCCGAGCUCUCAAACAGCGAUAAUCAUUCUGUAGAUAAAUAGACAAACCCAAAUAAUGAAAGAUUUUUUAAUUAAGAUCUUUAAACAACUCAAAGAGCAUUUGACUUCAUAACUCUGGACGAUGAGAUUGAGGAGGAUCAAGACUAGUUCUAAUUUGAUGAGAAUAACUAAAUGAACUCUUAAUUCAACAUUAAUUUCUACUAGCAGCAACCUCCUUAGGAUAUAUCUAUAUCCCCUCCUCCUUAAGAUUCCCUAGGACAAGAUGAGCAUCAAUCCCCAUCGGCCUCUACAAAUGAUAUCCAAGAUACCAAGAUUACAAUGAGCUGCAGUGGCACCAACAAUCACUCUACUUAGUGCCUUUUCACUCACUAUACUGCAUCUACCACUAACUCUACUUAAUUCAACCUUUAUACUCCAACUAAAUAUGAAUUGAAGUCUAUGGAUAUGAUUUGUGAAUCAUACAAAGAAGAUCCAUAGGACUAGUAAUUGAUGAGGAGAUGA